CUGCUCGUGAUGUCAUUUCCAUUCCGCGAAGCUGAAAUUUGGCGCCCCAGACGUUUAAACAACCUGCAAACGCUUAAUGGAGACGGCUUGAAGAUGAUCAUGAAGAGGGCCGUAGAUGUAGAGUCAGUGCGGUAGAUAUAAAAUUGGUGAAAGCAGGUAGUUUAGUGAAUAAUCUCCCGAUUUUGGAAACGCACAGUCGGUCAAAGAUGAACAGAAUAAACUCUGCUCCGGAGGCUGAAGCCUGUGAGAUUAGCCUUCUGUUGGUGGCACCGCCCGCCCGUUAGCUAAAAGAUACCGGUACUCAGCAGCAGACACGUACAUAUAAAUACACAGAUCAUCACAGUCACUAUGAACAGGACCAAGCUGAAGAAACCCAAGGUGACUGUAGGAGGGCAGGGAAACAUCACGUCCUUCUUUUCCUCCCAAAACCACAAGAACGAGUCAUCUUCAAAAACAUUAUCCAUUCCUGGCACAGCGAUCAUCAAGAGUGAAACUCAGGUCAACGAUGGUGAACUGUCUCAGUUCAGACUCUACUCGCCGUUAAAGAGGAGUGUCCUGGGGGGCAUUGAAAACCUUCUGCCUUCUUCGCCUGAUCUGUUCCUCUCUGUGCCUGAGACACCCAGCAGUCAGAUCAGAUCCAGAGAGGCAGAUUGUUUGAGUCCCCUGCCCAACAGGGAGGUGGUGAGCCUGGCCAAAUUCGGCCACUUGUCUCCGAUCUGCCGCAGUCCCCGCUCCAAAGGGCAGAGCGUACGGAGAGUGAUGGCCAGUGAGGGAGGAAGAGCCCAGAGGGAAGAGAGAUGUUUUGGCUCCUUGAAGAGACUCUUCAGCCCUUCUGAAGAUUUCCACCAGGCCAAGAGAUCAAGAACUGUGCUCGGCCCCACAGGUAGCGGCAUAAAAGAUAGAAGUCUGGGGAUUGGCCCCAUGAUGACGGCUCAUCUCUGCAAUGACCAGUCAGGGGGUCCAUCUGAGGUUUUGGAGGGUCACAGCCGACGUAGUGAAGUGGUCUGUCAUGCCAGCAGCAACACAUUGACAUCACUGGAGCCUGUCUCUUGCCACUUGGUGGAGGAACAGAGAAAACAUUUGGAAGAGAGAGAUAAAGAUGGUUUUACUGUGAUAACAGAGCAGAAGGCAACUGAGACAAAAACUACUGGAGACCCACAAACUCACCUGGAAAAGGAGGCUCUCUCUCUUACUGCACAUGUGCAUGAACCCAGUGCACAAACUGUCACACCUGCACCACAGAGCAGUACAGAGGUGGGAGAGGGCGACCUGAAUGAGAAUGAGGCAACAAGAACAGCCGUGACAUCAUCGGAUGGAGACGGAGACAACUUGACAUCAUCGGAUACAGCAGGAGCAAGCUCAGCAUUUCCUAUGGAAGAGAGGUGGGAAGAGAGCUGGUUUGCAGAGCAGAUGAAUCAUAAUGAAGGUCCUGUUACUGAGGAGAAGUCCUACAAACACCGUAAGGUACCAGACCAUGUGGUCCUUUCUGGAGGCCUGAACAACCGCUACUGGGUUUUGGAUGUGGAGGAGAGACCUGGCCACAAAACACUGGUCAUCUCAUGUGACAAAACUCUGCACACAACUGAGACCUGUCUGCUGAAAGAUGGAUGGGAGAUGACACCUGUUGUUCGUGGUGAUGUUGUGCAUCUGGAGGGCCGCUCUGAUGGCGGGUCCUGGUUAGUGGACAGGGAGCAGGGCCUCCUGGUUUUACUACCUGACACACUCGUCUCAGGUACCAGCAUCUCCAGUUCCAUUCGCUGCAUGAGGCGUGCAGUACUGGGGGAUAUGUUCAAGAGUUUUGACGGUGGCUCCAAGCAGAUGCUGAAUGGCACCAUGGUCCACGAAGUCUUUCAGAGAGCAGCUACAGCUAAAGAUUUUUCUUUGGAGACUCUGUCGAAGCUGGCUGACCAGGCACUGCACAGUCCUCAGUACCUGGGAGACAUGUACAGUUUGGGUGUAAGUGAGGAGGAGAUGAGGCAGGGCCUGCAUGAUUAUCUACCCUCACUGGAAUACUGGGCAAAGGAAUACCUCAGCUCUGCGACACCAAAACCCAUCAGCCUCAAAAUACCUAGCAACGGCAGUGGUUCAAGCAAGUGUCAGGAUACGGCGGCUGUCGUCACAGUUACAGAGCUGGCAGAUAUAGAAGAGAACGUGUGGUCGCCGAGAUUUGGUCUGAAAGGGAAAAUAGAUGUGACAGCAAGGGUUCAAAUCCAAAGGCCACGAAAUGGCAGUCGGAGAAGCCUGGAGGAGAAGACGGUGCCCCUGGAGCUGAAAACUGGAAGAGAGUCAAACUCAAUAGAGCAUCGCAGUCAGGUGAUUCUAUACACGCUAAUGAGCAUGGACAGAUACAAUCCUGAAGCUGGCUUCCUGCUUUACCUCAAGACUGGCAACCUGCACCCUGUAGUGGCCAGCCACAUGGACCGCAGAGAGCUGCUGAAGCUGAGGAACACUUUCAUUCAUCACAUUCACCACUGUGUGGAGAAAGGAGCCGAGCGAAGCCGUUUGUCCAGACUUCCUGACAUCCUAACUAACACACAAACCUGCCAUUACUGUCCUCAACGGAGAAACUGUGCUUUAUAUGAGAGAGCGAUGGAUCGCAGCACCGCAGACGUCACCGAGGAUGUUGUGUGUGACUUCCUGCAGCAGGAGUUAGGUCAUCUUACUCCACCGCACCUCAGUUAUUUCUCCCAUUGGCUGCUGCUCUGCUGCCUGGAGGCUGCCACCAUGGAGGCCAAGAAUGGACGAAAGCGUGUGUGGCUUCAGACGGCUGAGGAGAGUGAGAACAAUGGGAGCUGUGUGGGGAAUGUGCAGCUCAGGGGCCCAGUGACCACCCAGUCUGAGGGAGUUUACCUCCAUCAUUUCCAGCGCAGCAGUGUUGCGUCACAGCAGGGUUUGGCCACCAGCAGUUUGGUCAGCGGGGAUCGCAUCGUUGUGAGCGACCAGGAAGGUUGUCUCGUUGGUUUGGCAACAGGAUACCUGUGUGAGGUCAGCAGGACGUCGGUCAGCUGCACUCUGAACAGGGACUUGUCAAAGUUCAGUGGUGUGUUGUUUCGGCUGGACAGUGAUGAAGGUGUGGUGGGCCUCAGUACUCACCUCACCAAUCUGUCCAGACUGAUGGAAAACUGUCAGGACAGCGAUCGUCUGAGGGAACUGGUUGUUGACCUUCGCCCUCCAGAGUUUAUUUCCAACCUCAGUUCUGUUCUGCCCCGGGAGGCCAAGGACACUAUAGCCAACAUCCUCAGAGGUCUCAACAAACCCCAGAAGCAGGCCAUGAAGAAGGUGUUGUUAUCUAAAGACUACACACUGAUUGUUGGCAUGCCUGGCACAGGCAAAACCACAACUGUCUGCACCCUGGUUCGCAUCCUACAUGCUUGUGGGUUCAGUGUGUUGCUGACCAGCUACACCCACUCUGCUGUUGACAACAUCCUGCUCAAGCUGAAGCGUUUCUCUGUUGGAUUUUUGCGUCUGGGACAGGGGCAGAAGGUUCAUCCAGACAUCCUGCCUUACACAGAGGAAAGUGCCAGGAAGAAGGGAGUUCACACAGUGUUGGAGUUGGAGCAGCUUUAUAACAAGGAGCUGGUGGUGGGAACCACCUGUAUGAGCAUCAGACAUCCCAUUUUCACACAUCGCCGGUUCGAUUUCUGCAUCGUAGAUGAGGCGUCACAGAUCAGUCAGCCUAUUUGUCUGGGACCGCUGUUAUAUGCCAAGAGAUUUGUCCUGGUUGGUGAUCACCAACAACUGCCACCAAUAGUGCAAAACCAGGAAGCUAGGUCACUUGGAAUGGAUGAAAGUCUGUUUAAGAGACUGGAGCUCCAUAGGGAAGCAGUGGUCCAGCUCACUGUCCAGUACCGCAUGAAUAGGCAGAUAAUGUCUCUGAGUAACUCCCUGAUGUACGAGGGCCAGCUGGAGUGCGGAUCAGAGAGGACGGCCAUGGCCCUGCUCACCCUGCCUUUCCUACCUUCUGUUCAGUCGGAGCUCAGCUCCUACUCUCAUACUCAUCCCCAGCACGACCUGGCAUGGAUACAGGCCACAUUGUCGCCUAGCAACCCUGUUUGCUUCCUCGAUUGCUCAACGGUGCCUGCCCUGGAGUCGGUGGAGCAGGGAGGCGUAAGCAAUCGCACCGAGGCUGCUCUUGUACACAAGUUGCUUUCACUGCUGAUAAAGGCAGGGUGUAAGCCCAGUGAUAUCGGUGUCAUUGCGCCCUACAGACAGCAGUUAAAGAGAAUCUCCGCUCUGCUGCACUCCUCUGCGUUCACCGGAGUGGAGGUGAACACAGUGGACCGAUACCAAGGGCGGGACAAAAGUCUAAUCGUGCUUUCUUUUGUCAGGAGCACUGCAGGGGAGGGAAACUUAGGAGAGCUGCUGAAGGACUGGCGUCGACUGAAUGUAGCCAUUACCAGGGCCAAGCACAAGCUGCUGAUGUUGGGCUCUGCUGUAACACUACGCCGCUACACACCAGUGGAGAAACUCCUCAACCAUCUCCAGCAAGAGAACAUGAUUAUCCAGCUCCCACCAGCUGCCCACAAGGCCUUACCCAGCAUGCAUCUGUGAUGGUGUUUCAGGUCACCUGCCUGUCUCUCAGUGGAGGAGCCAGUAGUGGUGAGGCACCUCAUCAGCACAGCAGCUGAGUACCAGUCUGGAAAAGGUCUGCAUGAUCUGCCAGGAGGUUGUGAUCAAACAUCUGAGCUGGAGGUACUUGUGGGAGGUUGUCGGCAAGUCAAACCAUAGCCAUUACUGUGCUGUCCAUUUUGAAAGUCAUUCAGUGGCAUUUACGGUCUACAGUCCUUUAUGUUGCAGCUCCUCCUGUGGUUAUUUUGUGUCCUUACUAAUAUGCACUUGGUGGAGGUAGAUGAUACUAAACACACUAGUACCUGCAGAAUGUGUACAUGUUCAAGUAGGUGAUCUGAACCACAUAGAUCAAAACAGAAUCAUUCAACAUUACAGCCAUGAUCGUACAAAGCACAGAAAUGGUGGCAGCUUUUAGCUAUAAAACUGAAAUCUUGAAAGUCAGAGCAGACCUAGUGUUUGUUCACGUAUUUAUAUACUUUUCACAAAAUAAAAUUCUAUGUUGAUUUUAAGCUAUUUCUUUGCUAUAUGGUUGUUUGCCAUUCUGUUUGUUUAGUCAAUAUAAACGUUAAAAAAAAAUAAAGUAGAAAGCAGUUAGAAACUCUCAAACUGAAUGUAAACGGUGGUGUUCCUGCUGCUGAUACUGUUGACUCAUCUGAUUGCACACACUCUUCAUUCCAGUUUGAAAGUUCUCUGUAACUGUCCACACUGGGAGACAGUGAGGGACAAAACCUGAGGUACUGACCGGCUAAACUUGUUGCACACACAAAUAAAUGGUAGCUAAAACCUGUUGAACUGACUGUGAUAAAUGAUGGUACAAAGCACCAAACUUCAUAAAAGUCAGGUGAGUUUGAUCAAAUACCUCUAUCAAUACACUGUGACAGUAUUUUAGGCACAACUUGGUAUUUCUGUGACACUGAAAAUCAUCACUCACAUAAGUUCAGUCAGCCAAAUUGCAGCUUUAAGGAAUUAAAAUGUUUAAAUGUAUAGUUAGUGUAAACUGGUGCUACUGAAAUUAACUGAUUUUUGUGAGCAGGGUGUCAAGUAAUGCUCCAAACACUGAUUGUACCUUUUGAUCUGGUUUUACAUGAGCACUCUCUGACUUCUUGUUGUUUUUUUUU